CACUAUUAGCCAACUCUUGAUAUAUUAUGAACAUUUAUAUUGUUUAGUUGGAAUAGUUAUAAUGCAUGCAUUGUUCACAAUUUAUCGUUUUUUUGAAUUUUCUGCACAAUAAUGCAUGCAUUGUUUGCUUGAUGUGAAACAAAUUAUCACUCAAAAUUAAUGAAAGUUAAAUCUCAAGUUUUUUGUGUUUCUUUCUUCUUCCAACUAUGCCCUGUCUUGUUGUUUUUUUAUAUUAAAAACAAAUGAUAAGAGUUACAUUUCACCCAAAAAGUAAAUAAUACAAUAACUAUCAGAGUAACCAAACGAUGUAAACUACAAUACACCAAUUUUUUUUAUAUACAUGUAUAUUAUAAUGCAUGCAUUAAUGACAAUGCAUCAAUUUAACUGUAACCAAAACCAAACUAUCCCUUAGACUUUACCAGAAUUCAUAUACAUAAGUCAAAACGCUAUUGCGUCUAUUCUCCCAUGGCCAUGAACUACGUGAAUACACACUGCGAUGUCGAAUGCGUGAUGAAUGGUUGAAUAAUUUUUUGGUAAGAUAUGUUGAGAGUGACAUCUUAAAUAGGUUGGAUGAUAAAUGUAUUUUAAUGACUUUUCAAAUAUGAAAACACACUAUGAAUUAUUGUCAACAUUAAUAUUUAUAUAUUUUUUUUAUUUCUGACCCACCUUAAGCGAAAUCCUAGCUACGCCCCCUGGAUGUAGUCUUUGGCACGAUGGUUUAUGUCAAGGGCCUGACAAGUGAAUCCAAUUUUUAUUUUCUAAUAUUAAGGUUAAACACUAAUUAUUAGCCAAAUUUCCCCCUCCUUUUUAUUAGUCACAUUGUGUUAGUUAACCACGUAAAUUCGUGUGUCGUAUUCGUCAUUGCUUUCAUAUUCUUACUUUAUCGUUACACCUAUUUCCUUAUCCGCAGAGAAACAGUCGUGACACCAAGGACGCUAGAUUGUUCUUUCUCGUAGAAGGGGAGGCGGAGAAUGAAGUCUUUGCAUAUGCGGAUUAUAAUGGUUGUCUAGAUACGAGGAUAUCCACGUCAGGAUGGUGUGUUCAUUUUGGUAAGGUAUUUGUUUCCUAGCGUUGUCACAAAUAGGAAAUGGUGUCUAAAUCUUCUUAAGAAGCAUAAUGCAGGUCCAUGUCAGAAGUUAGUUCCGAGAUGGUUUGACAGCAUCGGUUGUUCCUUAAGCUAGGUGUAACAUGCAAAAUGUCUAUGCGUCUUUAUGGGGACAACACAUGUGCGAUUCUGAUAUCUAUACAUGAGCAUACGAUGCACAUUGAAGUUCAUGUGCAUUGUAUUCGUCAGCUGGUUGCAGAAGGAACGAUACAGAUUAGCUACCUGAAUACAGAAAGAUCAAACUGCAAAAAUUCUUACAAAGGCAGUAUCUUCUAGCAGACACCAGUACUUGUCAGGACUCAGGAAAAUUGUUGUUGCGUACUCAACAUCAAUUUGAGGUAGGGUGUUAAUUAUAGUUACCUAUUUGUAACUAGCCACUCGAAAUUAGGGUUGUAAGCACAACCUAUUUAUAUCAUUGUAAGCUGUAUUGGAGACUUAACGAAAUACGGAAACUUAAAACCUGAGAAGGAGAUCCUCUCCGUGGACUAGUGUCAUACUGACGGUACCACGUUUAAAAGUUCCACUGUUCUUUGAUUUCAGUUUGAUUAUUUGACAGGUCGUUGAAUUGAAAUAUAGUAGAAAUGGUGGCACACUUGUAAACCGAAUUGCACCGCCGAUUGUUCUUCUUUCGUUGAUUUUGGCCGUCGAUGGUGGAGGAGAGGGAGAUACUUUUAGUGUUUUGCUAAUGCCAUAAUUGUCCUCUCACUAAUUAAUUAUCCAUUCUCUUAAUGUGACCAUUAGAUCUAUUAGUCUUGAUCUAAGGAUUGAAAUGAUAUUAGUAAUUUGAUUAAGCACCUCACUUAGUCACCGAAACUAUUACCAUUGUAACUCGAAAGACCACCCACAACAGUGAAAUGAUUUGAGUAAAAAUAUGAAAAUUUCUCACUUGGGUGUCCACAAUUAGGAGAGAAUGGAAAAAAUGGGUUGGGUGGUUAAUGUGGGUGAAUACCCACUACUAGGAGACAAAUGUUGGGAAGUUUCGGUGCAGGAGGAGUGCGAGGUGCUCAGCAUGACGGUUGCGGGCAAGCGUGGGAAAGUAAAAUUACAUUGAUGGAAGUAAAAUAAUAACCAUUCAGUUAACUAAGGCCACAAUGAACGAAAACUCAUUUCUACCCUCGAGCGCCUUCUCUAUGACCCAAUAAUGUGUUUUUGUUGUCGAUGACAUCAUAUUUAAUUUCUUAAAAAUAAUUUGAAUACUUGGAAUAAAUAGAAUAACAUCGGAAUGUUUAUCAUAAUUAAUCGUAACCGACUUGGUUAGAGUAAUGAUCGAAUUCUCGAACUAAAAUAACUUAAUUAACACUUAAAAUCGUUUCGAAUAAAAUUGGUUUUGACCAUAUCCUGAUUUUCAGAUCUAAAUUAUACAUUUUCUGGAUUUCGAUUUCACACUGUUCCCACAUAGGAAUGUGGAUGAUGCAGGAGAUGAAGCUGGUGGGGCAACGAGAUGGCUACUUCAAGUCAAUUGUUGUGCUAUAACAAAGACCCAAAAAAAAAUUUUUUUUUAGCUAUAACGGCUAACAAUUAAGAUAUUUCGAUAAUCGAUUUGUUGUACAUGUCAUUAAAUUCUAAAAUAUUAGGAAGUAUAUAUAAUGUAAUUACUGAUUAGAGGCAACAGCUAAAAUUACCUAAACUGCAGAGCAGCAGUCAUAUUUUUUUGAAAAAAAAAAUAAUAUAAAGAAGAAAUAAAAAUAUUUGAAAAGAAAUCUACCUCAGCGAAUAUAAACAAUAAAAAAAGUAAGUAGGAACGGACAAAAAAGAGAAAAUAAUCGUCACAGUCUGAAACUGAAACUGGAAAACAGAGGGAAAAAGGGAAAAAAAUAAAAAUAAAAAUAGAAACGGAAGAGGCAGAUAAAGAGAAAAAUUUGGAUUUUAAUUAAUUUUUUUUUUGGUAUUAUAUAGAAAUACAUGCGUUGCGAUAAGGGACACCCGCUCGUCUUCUUCCUUCUGGCUUCUCUCUUGCCUUUUCUUUUUCUUCUUCUUCUUCUUCUUCCUGUACGUUCACUUCUUCUCCUCCUGCUGCUUCCCACUGUCUCUUCGCCUUAAUUGCGAGCGCCAUAGAGGGACUGAGAGAGACAAAUAAAAAAAAAAGAAAAAGAAGAAAAAGAGCAGAGCUGUUUACUGCAGGAAAGUGUUUGGCUUUUGAACUUCUCUCUCUCAUCACUCUGGUCUUCUCUUUGGCCAUUGUUCAUCACAACCACUCUACCAGCUCCCUCCCUUUCCUUUCUCUUUCCCCCUUUUUUUUUUCUCUUCGUUUUUGAGAUCUGGGUUUCUGGGUUUCGAGAAGGGAAGACAGAGGUAAACCACAUUGGCCGUAAAGUUUGAAACCUUUUGGGAGAGAGAGAAGCUUGAGGUUGAAGAUUAUAUGAUGAUGGUGGUGGUAGAGUGAUUCAUGAGUGAAAAUGGGUUGGUUGGUUUGUCACUGAGAGAGAGAGAGAGACUGUGGAGUCACACUUCCCUUCCUUCUCUUUACCUUCGAACUGAAGCCUUUUCUCCCCAUCUUUCCCUUUCUUAGUAGCUUUCUUCUUCCUUCUCUCUUUUUUUUUGCAUUUUGUUUCUUCUUCCUCGCCCUAUCGCCUUUGGUUUUUGGUAAACCUGUAGAAAUUAACUUGCAUUUUUGUCUCUUUCUUGUCCCCUUUUUUUUCUCUGUAACUUUCCCUCCUUCCUCUGCUUUCUCCGCCUUCCUAGAUCCACACCCCCACUCCAAUUUCAACUGCAUUUUGGGUCAGUAAAUGAAUGGAUCGCUCCGGGCCAGCUUCAUUCUAUAUGCAGCAGAGAGGGAUUGGGGGUUCGGGUCCAACCGGGCCACAGUCGGGUCUCAAUGUCUCCCCUUCCGGCGCCAUGAACCCUCUUUCCAACCCGCCCGUGCAGUUCCAGUCCAACAUGGGUGGUGGUGGUGGCAGCUCAAUUGGGUCAGCAAUGCCAAUGGAGCAGCAGCAGCAGCAAGCUUCAAUGUCGCCUCUUAACGUCGGCCCAACUUCGGCGGUGGCCCCAAUUGGGGAGCCGGUGGUGAAGAGGAAAAGAGGGAGGCCGAGGAAAUAUGGUCCCGAUGGGACUGCUUCACUGGCAUUGUCGCCUUCACUCUCCACUCAUCCUGGCACCAUAACCCCAGCCACCACUACUCAGAGGCGAGGCAGGGGCCGGCCCCCUGGCAGCGGCAAGAAGCAGCAACAGUUGGCUUCUGCUGCUGCUCCUUCUCUUGGCGACUGGAUAUCAGGCUCGGCUGGAAUUGGUUUCACUCCACACAUAAUCACCGUGGCAAUGGGAGAAGACAUUGCAACGAAGAUCAUGUCCUUCUCGCAGCAAGGGCCGCGAGCAAUAUGCAUCUUGUCAGCAAACGGGGCAGUCUCCACUGUCACUCUUACUCAGCCGUCAACUUCUGGAGGCACUGUCACAUACGAGGGGCGGUUCGAGAUCUUAUGCCUCUCAGGCUCUUACUUGCUAACGGAUAUCACUGGCUCGCGCAAUAGAACCGGUGGCCUGAGUGUCUCUCUCGCCAGUCCUGAUGGUCGCGUCUUUGGAGGUGGGGUUGGAGGGAUGCUCAUUGCAGCAAGCCCUGUUCAGGUCAUCGUGGGAAGCUUCAUAUGGGGUGGUCCAAAGACGAAGAACAAGAAAAGGGAAGAAGGGUCUGAACUAGGCGGUAGAGAAUCCUCCGAGCAGCUGGCGAUUGAGAAUCCGGUGAGUCCAACUAGUGUUCCACCUAGCCAUCAUCAGAACCUUGGCGGACCAGCUUCUCCGCAAUCGAUGUGGCCAGGUUCGAGGUCACUCGACAUGCACGGCCACCAUGACAUCGAUUUGAUGCGCGGAUGAAGGGGGGGUGGAGUUGGAUCUUUACUCUGAUUCUGAAACGCAAGGCUUGGCUCUCUCCUGUUGAUUUUUCGCCCAUGAGGUGGCGUGGUGUGUAUCUCAUUAUUUUGUAGCUGAUGAAUUUAACACAGCAGCCAGUGUAGUGUAAAAUUGGUAGGGGGAUCUAUCCAGAUCUGGAACGAAUGAACUCAUUUGGUUGUUGGGAGGUUCUUGCAAAGUUUCUAACCGCUAGUUAAUGGCUAAUGCACAGCUUAUUGUUGAUCAUUGAUCUCUGUUUUUUGAUUGUACUUAUGCUAUGCUGCAUUCCUUUGUCCUGCUUUAAAUUCCUUUGUUUAUGGUUUAGGGAAGCAAAAUGUAUGCUGGAUAAUGGUUCGAACUCUGGAUAAUUAGUUCUAUACAAAAUGUAUGCGUGAUCCAGGAUUUGUUCUCAAGAAGAAUGAUAGGGGUAGGCAUGCAACAAGAUAGACUAUAUUACUUGGGGUUUGUUUGUUUGAUGAGAUUCAAAUAACAACAACUAAUAUAGAGGAUAAGAGAAUGUUUCUUGACUAGGUUCUAAUUGGUAAUUACACUCCCAAUCAAAGGCCUAGUGGAACCUUCAACCGAGGUAGUAUAGAGCAAUUAUUUUUGCAAAGGAUAAUGUCUAUUUUUUAUCCAAAUCUUUUUCAGAUUUUUUUAUAUUAUCCAAAUCUAUUAAAAUUCUAUUUAUUAACCAAAUCUUUCGUAAUACAUCAAAAUAUUAGUCAUUUUUAUGUUACCAUUAAUAAUUUUGUAACUAUUUUCUUAGUUAAAAUACUAAAAUUUUGGAAUGUUGACCUUCAUGUGUCUCUUUCAAGUCAGUAGUAUCAUGUUGUCAAGUCAAUAUUACUAACAAAAUUGUUAACUGAAAGUUAAUAUUUGGCUAAUUCUUAGUAUUUCGAUAGGUUUGGAUAAUAUAAAAGAAUAUGCAAAAAAAGGUUUGGAUAAAAAAUAAAUAUUAUCCUUUUUCAAAUUAUCAAACCCGAGUGGUUUAUGUAUCCUUACUUCAUAUCUAGCGAUAAAAACGUUGUUUAAGCUAAUACUAACAAACAUGCAAGUAAAACAAGGUUGAAUUCAGUGGAGAAAAGCUUCACUGGGAUCAAUGCAGUCAAAAUCGCGCUUUAAAACUUAUAAACUUACGGUUUUACGCUUCUAGGACACCAAAACGUUUUCGUUUCCAUAUAAAAUCUUAAGUGUAUAAAAUUGGGACAAAAAUGCGCUUUAAAGCUUAAAAUCUUACGCUUUUACGCUUCUGGUUCGCCAAAACGCUUUACGCUUUUACGCUUCUAGUUCACUAAAGGAGUAUUCUAUUCAUGAAAAUACUUAUAUUUCAAAGGUAAAUCACAAAAAAUAUGAUAUAUUUGAGAUUAAAAGAUACAUAUCAAGUACUUGGGUGCAUUCUUAGUUUCAAUAGAGCAAUCUAAUUCACCAGCUAGGCCCUUCCCAAAUUCACUAGCAUAGAGGGAAAUGUAGCUUAUUGUUAAGAUAUAUGUUUAUGAACUUAUUGUUAAAAUGUUAUGAGUUUCUCAUGUUUAGACAUGAAUUUCAUAUAUUUAUUAACUUAUCUAAAUUAUGUCCACUCAUAUUUUAUCGUACUUAACACAUUUUUCGUUAUUUUACAGUAUGCAUAAAAAACUUACGUUUUUACGGUUUGAUUCUACGCUUUACGAUUUUACCAAUUUUCCGCUUCUAGGUAGAAUCACGCUUUUGACUGCAUUGACUGGGAUGACUAUCCCCCUAGUUCCAUGUUGAGUCAAAGACGCGAUACUCUAGUGUCAUUCACAUCUAGUAUAUACUGUUAGGAUAUUGAAACUAGUUAGGAAUCCCUAUUUGAGUGGUCCUAACCUGCCUAGUUGCUCUAACUGGAGAGGCGUACCAAACUACCAGAUUAGUCAAUUAUGGCAACCAAAUUUACUCCCACGGAUGAUGACCUAGAACAGUGUAAAGAAAUGAAUCAUCCUCGU